AUGGAUGAAGUAGCACAUAUACCUUUAGGACUUACUCGUGAAAACAUUCAGUCCAUGUAUUGGCGCUGGCAGAUGCUCCGUAAUCAGGGUGCAGUAGAAGCGACUAAUGCAGAGUUUUCUCAACUUUCUAUUAUUCUUAAAGCGAUUCAACAAGCACAAUAUCAUCGCCAUCAAAAUAUGAAGCAAGGAUCUUUAGUCAAAACAGAGAAUGUAGAAACUGCACCUAGAGAGGCAUUAGCUAAGACAUUUCAGGCAGUACAGGCACCUCAUGUAGCACAUGUUGUCAAGGAAGAAGAAAAGAAUGGAGGAGACCAGGCGAUAUUUACUUCAGAGCAGCUAACAACGUUGCGAAAUCAAAUUUUAGCAUUUAAAUUGAUUUCUAAGAAUUUACCAGUCCCUGCAAACAUUCAACAAGCAAUAUUUGUAAAAAAACCACCGUCCUCUACACUCCCACAAGGAGAAUUAGAAUGGCUGAUGCGACAAGAACGACGAGAAUCAGAAGGAACAUUGAAAGAAAAAAAUUUAGAAACACCAAUCAUACCAGAAGAGGAGGGUGCUUCGACUCUUUCAGAAUCGCCGCAUGCAGAAGGAAGUAAUUUAUCUCUUUUGAGCUCUUCGUUUUCUAUGGCCCAUCAAGAAAAAUUACAUCAACGUGUACUGGUACCGAGUAUGAUGCCAUCUGGUAUUGAUCCUAAAAAAAUUUAUAAUGAAAGGAAACUUGCGGUUGCCCAUCGUAUAGCUAAUCGGAUUUCUGAAUUAGAACGUCUGCCUAGUACUCUUGAAGAUAUAUAUGUUACAAAUACGAGAAAAAAGACUCAUAAUUUCAAAGAUUUGAAUACCUCAAAUAGGCUUAAAUUAAAAGCUUUAAUUGAACUUAAAUCAUUGAGGUUACUUGAUAAACAAAGGAUGUUACGUGAUGAGAUUAUAUAUUCUAUGACUCACUUUAAUACAUUGACAGCAUCAUCCGAUAGAGCAGCAUUUAGGAGGAUGAAGAAAAGAUCAUUGAAGGAAUGUCGUCUUACAGAGGCAUUAGAAAGACAACAUAGAACGAAUAGAGAGCAGAUACAGAAACAAAAACAAGUGAGCUAUCUACAAGGCAUAUGUUCACAUGGUUAUGAUGUUAUACAAAAACAAAAGGCCUUGCAAGCAAAGGUCUUUAAGCUUGGUCGAUCAGUGCUUGCAUAUCAUUCGUAUAUUGAAAAAGAAGAGUCUAGACGGUUGGAGCGAACGGCAAAACAACGUUUACAAGCACUUAAAGCAGAUGAUGAAGAAGCAUACCUUAAACUACUUGAUCAAGCAAAAGAUACACGUAUUACACAUUUAUUGAAACAAACAAAUGCUUAUCUUGAUUCUCUUGCUCAAGCUGUUAAAGUUCAACAAAAUGAGUUUGGUACAGAAGAACAUAAUUUACCUGAGGAUAAGGAAAAUGAGGAAGAUGAUGAUGAUAAAAAAGCUGAUUACUAUAAUGUUGCUCAUAGAAUAAAAGAAGCAAUUAUUGAACAACCAUCACUAUUAUUAGGUGGUAAUUUAAAAGAAUAUCAACUUAAAGGGCUUCAGUGGAUGGUAUCUUUAUAUAAUAAUAGACUUAAUGGAAUUCUUGCCGAUGAGAUGGGUCUUGGAAAAACUAUUCAAACAAUAUCCCUUAUUACGUUUCUAAUAGAGAAAAAAAGACAGAAUGGUCCUUUUUUAAUUAUUGUUCCUCUAUCAACCUUAACAAAUUGGACUUUAGAAUUUGAAAAAUGGGCGCCCUCUGUUUCAAAAAUUGUUUAUAAAGGGCCACCGCUUGUUCGAAAGCAUAUUCAACAUCAAAUUCGACAAGGAAAUUUUCAAGUUCUUUUAACAACAUAUGAAUAUGUUAUAAAAGAUAGACCAGUGCUUGGAAAAAUUAAAUGGGUUUAUAUGAUUGUUGAUGAAGGUCAUCGUAUGAAAAAUACUCAGUCUAAGCUUAGUUACACGUUAACUACAUAUUAUUCGUCGAAAUAUCGCUUAAUUCUUACAGGUACGCCUUUACAGAAUAAUCUUCCUGAAUUGUGGGCUCUUUUGAAUUUUGUUUUACCAAAGAUUUUUAAUUCAGUAAAAAGUUUUGAUGAGUGGUUUAAUACGCCAUUUGCGAAUACAGGUGGUCAAGAUAAGAUUGAAUUAUCCGAGGAAGAAUCUAUUUUAGUUAUUCGUAGAUUGCAUAAAGUUCUGCGACCAUUUUUAUUAAGACGUCUUAAAAAAGAUGUUGAAUCUGAAUUACCCGAUAAAGUUGAAAAAGUUAUUAAAUGCCAAUUUUCUGCUCUUCAAAGUAAAUUGUAUUCUCAAAUGAGGAGAAAUGGAAUGCUAUAUGUUAAUUCUGGAGAAAAAGGUCGUAAAGGUUUGCAAAAUAUUGUAAUGCAGCUUCGGAAAAUUUGCAAUCAUCCAUAUGUUUUUGAAGAAGUUGAAAAUAUUGUUAAUCCGGAAAAAGUUAGUGACGAUAAUCUUUGGAGAGUUUCAGGAAAAUUCGAUCUUUUAGAUAGAAUUUUGCCAAAAUUUUUUAGAACAGGACAUAGAGUAUUGAUUUUUUUUCAAAUGACUACUAUUAUGAAUAUUAUGGAAGAUUAUUUACAUUUUAAAGGAUAUAAGUAUUUGCGAUUAGAUGGGUCUACUAAAGCAGAUGAUCGUUCGGCAGCAAUGAGGGAAUUUAAUCAUGAAGAAUCAGAUAUUUUCAUAUUUUUAUUAAGUACUCGUGCAGGUGGUUUAGGACUUAAUUUACAGAGCGCUGAUACUGUUAUAAUCUUUGAUUCCGACUGGAAUCCUCAUCAAGAUCUUCAAGCUCAAGAUCGUGCACAUCGUAUAGGACAAACAAAAGAAGUACGAAUAUUACGACUUAUUACUGAAAAAUCGGUUGAAGAAAAUAUUCUGGCAAGAGCUCAGUACAAACUUGAUAUUGAUGGAAAAGUUAUUCAAGCAGGGAAAUUUGAUAAUAAAUCCACUGCAGAAGAAAGAGAAGCUUUUUUAAGAUCUUUAUUGGAAACAGAAAACGAUGAUAAUGCAGAUGGUGGAGAAGAAAAUGAAGCAUUUGAUGAUGAUGAAUUAAAUGAAAUAAUUGCUCGUAAUGAUGAAGAAUUAUCGAUUUUUCGAGAAAUGGAUGAAAAAUUACGAUUAGAAUCUCCAUAUGGUCCUGGAAAAAAGCUAGAGCGUCUAAUGUCUGAGGAAGAACUUCCUGAAGUCUAUAGAAGGGAUGAUUUUACUGAACCUGAAGAAGUAAUAUCUGCAACGGGUAGAGGUGCCCGUGAACGUGUUCAAAUUCAUUAUGAUGAUGAUCUUACAGAAGAACAAUGGCUAGAGACUAUUGAUCCAGGUGAACUUACUCCUGAAGAAAUAGUUCGAAAUAGAUCUGAAAAGGCAACAAAACGCCAAGAAAAUAAACUAAAAAAACACAAAUUGUUAUCUAAUUCAUCAAAUGGUUCUUCUGGGGUAGAAAUGAAUAAACGUAAACGUAAUAGAUUGAAUAAAACAAAUUCUAAUAAUUCUAACAAUGAUGAACGACGGAAACGUCAAAAAGUUUCUUCAAUUUCUAGAGAAAAAAAAAAUAGAAACAAAAAUUCAGUUGAUUCUUUAAGCUCGGAGGAAUCUAUAAUUCUAAAGGAUGUAUUUUUAAAAUGCUACAAUGCUGUUGUUUCUUCUAUAAAUCCUGAAACAAAUCAUUCUAGGGCUGAAAUGUUUUUGGAGUUGCCUAAUAAACGAAUUUAUCCGGACUAUUAUAUAUUAAUAAAAAAUCCUAUUGCUUUGAAUAAGAUAAAAAAACGAAUCGAUCAUUCUUAUUAUAAUUCAUUAGACGAUUUUAAGGCAGAUUUUUACCAAAUGUUCGAAAAUGCACGAACAUAUAAUGAAGAAGGGUCUAUGAUAUAUGAUGAUGCUAAUGCUUUAGAGGCAAGUUGUAUUUAA